AUGAGGAGAGGUAGACCUCCAGUUGGCCGAGAUCAUUCCGAAGAUAGAUUGGAGAGACUGGAAAGGUUAGUCGAAGGCUUGGUUCGUGAGCUGAGACAACCUAGGCCACAGGAUACUGGUACCACUUCCACGCAGGCCGAGCAGACGAAUGGCCGAUAUACAGCUUCACCUCCUCCAGUGCCGCAAGGGCCUCCACAGCAAGCUUUGUAUGGAAACGACACGAUAACCCUGAUCAGAGAGUUCAAGAAAAUGAAACCGCCGAGAUUCCAAGGAGGUAUAGAACCAAUAAAAAUCGAGGCAUGGGUUUUAGAAAUGGAGAAGUUGUUUGAAAUCUUCCCCAGUACAGACGCCCAGAAGUUGUUCUACAACAAACAUUUCCCCCUUAGCGUCCGAGAUCGAAAGACCACGGAGUUCCAGAAUCUGAUACAAGGGAACAAGAUAGUGGCAGAAUACGAUCGUGCCUUUACUGAAUUGGCGAGGUAUGCGCCUCACAUGAUUGAUGACGAAUACCAGAAGGUGAGAAAGUUCGAAAGUGGGUUGCGUGGACCGAUACAAGAUCGGGUCAACAUGCUCAAUAUGCCGACGUGCGCCGGAGUACUAGACAAGGCCAUCCUGGCUGAAGCUAACUUGAACCGAUACCAGGGUUCAGGUGAGAGUCAGAGGAAGAGACAGAAUUAUGAUAAUCGCCGUGUUCCAUUCAAUGCCAAGAAGAAGAUAAAUAUGGGCAGUUCUAACAACUCAAAUCAGGAAGGUAAUGUUAAGCCGACGUGUACGAGUUGUGGAAAGCUACAUUUUGGGGUCUGUCGUUAG